UAGUGCUAUGUUUGACAACUCUGCUACUAUUACUCCUGAAGUUUCUAAUAUCACUAUAGAUGAUUUUGGUAGCAUUAUCUCUAAUAAUUCUAACACAAUUAUCCCAAAUGAUUCCAGUAGCGGCCUUUAUGAUGAAAGUGAGCAUGACGUCCAAAGUGAUACUAAUUUAGAAUUAAUGAUGUAUGACCUGGACGAAUUGAAUGAAAUCAUCACCAAAAAAUUUGAAGAUGCUGAAAUAUUCGAUGAUCCUGUAAAUCUUGCCCUUGAAGUUGAGUUAAGUCAAGAUAUUCUUUCUGAAUUUUCCUUAGAUUAA